UGGUUAACCAUCCUCUCUCCCUGGAAAUACUGUUUGUCAAAAAUGUGCUUCCAGUGACAGAAGGGGACUCGAAGUCGCGGUUUAGUGCGAGACAGCAAGUUGGGAAGUUUUCAAACGAGGGGAAGGAUGGCCAACAGACAAAAGAGGGUGAUUUUCUGCGGAGGGGCUCUGUUGAGCUUUGCUUCUGCCGUGACGGCACUCGUGGCGCUUGGGACUCACUUCUGGGUCGAAGGCUCCUUGUUGUGCAGGACCGGGGUGCAACUGGUCAAUGCCUCGGGAGCAGAACUGCACAAAUUCAUCGGGGCCAUCCACUACGGCAUUUUCCACGGCCAGAGGCUCCGACAAUGUGGUCUCGGCGGAAGAAGCUUUCAAAUCACCUUUUUCCCAACGUUAUUGGAUGCCAUACCUGCAAGCCUUCACGUCAUGGUUCUACUGUUUUCUGUAGCGAUCAUUGUAUUUGCUCUGGUGGCAACUGGAUUCUUCAUGUUCAAUGCUUUUGGAAGACCUUACGAGACCCUCCAUGGUCCUAUGGGCUUAUACCUUUGGAAUACCAUUGCAUGUUCCUGUGGUUUUAUGGUGAUGAUACUGUUUACCUCAGAAGUGAAGAUUCAUCACCUGUCCGAGAAAAUCGCAAAUUACAGAGAGGGCAGCUUUAUCUUCGAGACGUACACCGAGGUGUUUGGGUAUUCCUUCUGGCUUGUCUUUGGGUGUUCAUUGGUUCACUGCAGUAAUAUACUACUCAUCAGGUUCAUAGGAAUCCAAUUUCCUUUCCCACUCUCAAAAAGUACCAAUUCAAGUGAUGGAGGAGUUGACCUGAUGUACUGACCUCUCUACCCACAACUUACAAGUCAAAUUUCAGCAAGAAUUCACUGAAAGUCAGCACAGAGCUUCCUAAAGCCUGAAGUUCAUGGAUUCGGGAUGUUAGAAGAGCAUCUCACACCAACACAUCGGUGCUGUAUAUGAACGCGUGCUCUGGGUAACAUGGCAUACAAAUAUAGUCAGCGGUUUCUUUAUUUGGUAUGUGAAGGUUCAACGUGUGCAUUCAGAGAUGCUCUUCUGCACACCACUCAUUGCAACGAGUGGUUAUUUGAGUCACUGUCACCUUCCUGUCAGCUUGAACAUAUCUAGCCAUUCUCCUCUGACCUCUCUCAUUAACAAGAUAUUUUCACCCACAGACCUGCCACCCACUGGAUUUUUUUUUUUGUUUGUCUUUUUGCAGAGUUCUCUGUAAAUCAUAGAAUAGAGCGCAUGGAAAUCCCAGGAGAUGAGCAGAUUCUGAGGUACUCAAACCAUCCUGUCUGGCACCAAGAGUCAUUCCAUGGUCAUAAUCACUUAGAUCACAUUUCUUACUCAUUCUAAUGUUUGGUCUGAACAACAACAGAACUGCUUGACCAUGUCAACAGGCUUUUAAGCAUUGAGUUGCUGCCACAUGAUUGGCUGAUCAGAGAUUUGCAUGAACGAGCAGGUGUACAGGUGUACCUAAUAAAGUGGCCACUGAGUAUGUACGGGGAAUUUCAUAGGGCUGAGAUAAACAACAUGAUGUCGUCAGUGUAUGACGAAAGCAAGGUAACUUUGAAGAUAAAACACUGUGUACAUCCAGAAGCCUAGUUACCGAGCAUCAGUGCCUCUGGAACUGCUACAA